AAUGUGUAAGGAAAAAUUACCUUUACCAAGGAACAUUUGUGUGGGCAAUUGUGGGAGUAUAAAAACAGUUAAAACACCCACACAAUUAGAUCUAGCUGAGUAGCUGUGGUUUUUACUCCUUUGUAGCCCUAGCUAGUUUUAUGAUCUGAAUCCCGGCAGCAGAAAUGAACCUACUGGAGUCUCUGUUUAUACUGACUACACUCUCCAUUUUUGUAUUAUCUACUACAAGCAAGGAUUAUGAUAAUACAUUUAAAGGUGAUAAGGGCGACAAAGGAGAUAAAGGUGACAAAGGAGAUAAAGGUGAUAAGGGUGAUAUUGGACCACUAGGACCAGCAGGUCCUAAAAGUGGAGGAGCAGUGUACACUCGUUGGGGAAGGAAGUCCUGUCCUACUGGAGUGGAACUGGUAUAUGAGGGAGUAGCUGCAGGUGGUCAUUACGAUCAUAUGGGAGGAGGAGCCAACCAUGUCUGUUUGCCUGCAAAAGAUCCUCAAAAUAUGAAGAAACCUAUACCUCCUAAUUAUUCUUUAAUGUAUGGUACUGAAUAUGAAGAUGUCAAUGGUAUAUUUCCAGGGAAGCAUGAUCACAAUGUUCCUUGUGCAGUAUGUUAUGCACCAACCAGGAGCACUAAACUGAUGAUUCCCUUUAGAACCAGCUGUCCUUCGUCAUGGACUAUGGAAUAUAAAGAAUAUCUGAUGAGCAGUCUGUCCAGUCACAAGGGUCAUAAUAAAAAUAGCUUACAUGAGUGCGUUGAUGACAAUCCUGAAUCCAUUGAUGGAAGUGGUGCUAAUAAUGAUGGUGCUCGGUUCUACUUUAUCCUCUCAACAUGUACUGGUAUUCCUUGUCCACCUUAUGCUGCCAAUGAAGUUGUUUCUUGUGUUGUGUGUACUAGGUAAUUUUUUGCUUUAGUUUA